GUUCAGUUCGCGUAUUGAUGCCGUAAAGUCGCGUGUGCAUUCAAAAAAUCAACAACUACACGCCACGGACACCCUCAAAACCACUCCAAGGACUAGUGUUCAGUGUUUGUGCUAUCAAAAAUUGGACUCAAAACGUUUGAACAGUCAAAAGAUAUCUGGUCGAAUCCGGUUUUAUCUGGAUAAGGCCGCUUCUAACCAACCAAGCCGUGGUGGAGUCGAGCAUGGGCGGAGAUGGCAUGGCGUAGUGGUGAGAUGGCCGCGCCGCGGGUCGCGCCGGUUUUUGCACUGCUCGCCACUCUGCUGGUGCCGACGACCGCGCGGGCGCCCACCCAGGACCCGGCGCAGUUCGAAGCCGCAUUCCAAGGAAGGUGCGGCGAAGGUAGCCCAUGCGAGCAACUUUGCAGAGAGCUCCACGACGGUACAUACGAAUGUGGAUGUGGACCUGGCUACGUGCUCCAAGUCGACGGCUACGGCUGCCUAGAAUUAAACUCAACUAGAACAACAACAACAAGUUUGGAUGCGGAAGAAGAUAUACUAUACCAGAAAGAUGUUUCUUUCUCGGCUGAACUAGAGUUAGCACCGUCCAGUAGAUAUAAGCCUACAUUAAGCAAUAAACAUAUCGAAGAUUCGAACAGUCUAACAACACUGCCGAUGAUUAAAAACAAUAAUUACACAGUAACCGGGGAGAUUUCUAAACUGAACGAUGGCUUGAAGAGUUUAAUCGAAGACGGAAUCAGUAGAGCGGAUAUUAAUAUCAUAGCUGACGAUGAGAGGGAAAAAGAAGACCCAAAGGAAUACACGACGCUUGGCCCCAAUCUAGAGCAGAAGGUGCCAGGCGGAACAGGCUCCCCAGCCUGGACUGCUGCAGUCGAGACCUGCAAAUGCGACAGCUGCACGGAAGGAAGGUGCUUAUGCCACCUCAACCCUGGAAGGUGUAAAUCAGAUCUGAACGUAUCGACUCCGCGUUUCUCGGGAGCUUCUUGGAUAGCUUUUCAAGCUCUGCGCGGUGCUUACAAGCGGGUCAGGGCGCGGCUGCGAGUCCGACCCGAGCGUGCCAGGGGCGUUUUGCUGCUUACCGGCGAACACGACGACCUGUCCGGCGACUAUUUAGCGCUUCUGUUGAGGAACGGACACGUGGAACUGAGGUUCGACUGUGGGAGCGGCGCUGGUGUGCUCCGGUCGCCGGAGCCGGUCCGUCUCGGACGUUGGAACACCAUAUCGAUCUACCGCCACCGAUGGGACGCCUGGUUGAGGCUCAACAGUGGGAAGAGAGUUCGGGGACGAUCGAAGGGUCUGUUCUCCCGCAUGACGUUCCGGGAGCCGGUGUGGCUGGGCGGGACGGGCAACACGACCGGGCUUCAGAACAAGCUCGGCCUCUCUGAAGGUCUCCUCGGCUGCGUCGACUUCUUGCGCGUGAAUGGUGACACGUACCGCCUGAUCAAGGACUCCGUCGCCACUCUGGAUAUCAGUGAAUGCGCGCCAACUUUAGCGCCAUGGAGGCCCACAAACGAAGCCACCACGAUACGAGUCUCGAAACACAGCAACGACGUUCAAACACGAGCUAUUUACGACAUUAAUGACAUUGUACACUUCGAGGACAACGACCUCGUUAUGAGAGAUCCCGAAACGCACCCCCGAGAUCAGAACACACUUGAUAACUCCGUUGUUCCAUCGCUCUACGAUUAUACAACCAAAAUACACACUAAAACGAAUAUUGUGAACGAUAAAUUAGCGGCUGGUAAUGAAAACGAUAUAAAAAGUGAUGGGAUUAAAACGAUAAAAGAAGAUAAUGAUAAUUGCGAGUGUCAUCAUGGCGGCGGCUGCGUCAACGGUGUUUGCCUGUGUCCAUUAGGGUACGCGGGAGUCAAAUGUGAAAUCACAUUGGAUUUGAAGGUGCCUCGCUUCAACGGGUCGUCGUAUCUCCGGCUGCCAGGCCUCGGCAACUCGGCUCAGUCCUGGCUCGACAUUCAGCUAACACUGAAGCCCACAAACGGGGACGGUCUGGUGCUGUACGACUCGGAACGCGCGAGCGGCGACGGAGAUUUCUUCUCGUUACACCUGAGGGACUACUUCGUGGAGUUUGCCUUCGAUCUCGGCUCAGGGAUCGCUCUCGUGAGAUCGGCGUUCCCGUUGAAGCCUAAUGAAUGGCACCGGGUGUCUGUCAGUCGGUCGGGGAGACACGCGACCCUCCGGGUGAGGACCGCACUCGGAGUGACGUCACGCGCUGUGACGUCACGCGGCACGUCCAGGCGUCUCACGAUGCACCAGCCGAUGCUGCUGGGGGGCGCCCCCCACCCCAUUCCGCCGAGGUUGGCUCUGCGGAAAAGUUUCAGCGGAUGCAUUGGACAGUUGGUGAUAAACGAUGAGGAGCUAUCGGUGGUCGCAUCGGCUCUCGGCGGUCUCAACGUGGACAAUUGUGACGAGCCUCACAACAAUACGUGCACGGACCGGAAACUGUGCGAGGAAACAUUAGACCCGAUGCCGGUGUACCCGCGGAACGAGACAGAGCUGGACGUACGCCAUUCGAUAGUCGCGAAGAAGGGCUUCAAACUGAAAACGCACAAAACGAAGCCGAAGAAACGUAGUCGGGCCCGCGAGGCUUACAAGACCAAGUACUCCGUCAAGAAGCACGACUACUACACUAAAGGGGGCGAGGUGCUGUCCGCGGGCGACACGUACAUGCAAGUCAAGUACUUGAAUGCGAACGAAAUUAAUUGGGGGGACACGAACUCGUACCCAAGCUUCAGUGGCGUUGACAGCUUCAUACACAUCGAUGACGACGAGACCAUGAAAAGAUUACUGAGCUACACGCUCGACAUAAACAUCCGCUUCCGAUCGGUGACGUCAGACGGCCUGCUGGUGUGGAGCGGCCGCUCGCCCCUCUCCUCCCCGGGAGACUUCCUCUCGCUCGCCGUCGAGAGCUCCGUGCUCGUCUUCAGAUACGACUUGGGCAGUGGCGAGGUGGUCAUCAUAGCUAACCGCACCAAAGUUGACGACGGCUUGUGGCACAGAGCGCGAGCUACAAGGAACCGCCAGGCUGGUGUUCUGGAGGUGGACGGUUUGGGUUCGGUCGGGAACAUAUCGCCCGGGAAACACAAACAGCUCAACACCGAGAACGGUUUGUAUAUAGGUGGCUUACCGUCGAUAGAGGUCAACACUAAAGGUAAAUACAAGAGCGGUUUGGUCGGCUGCGUCUCACAGAUAUCUUUGAGUGGUGACUUUGACAUUCCGCUUUCACUGUCAAAACUCCCGCACACCAUUACGAACAAUGUCGGCAGAUGCGCUCCGUGAAAAGAGCUAUGAUUUUAAUUUAAAUAAAAUAAGAAUGUGGGUUAGACUUUCUUUUCAACUGUGAGAAAUAUGUGUUACGGAUUUUUUGAGCGUCCGUCAGCGUAAUCGUUUAUCGAUCGGUCAGCAUUGUGCUGACGAAUGCUUAUUACCUUAUAAUUUUUUUACGACAGCGACCAAAUCCCAAUUACCGCUAGUAACAUAUCAGAUUAAUGUAACAUUGCAACUUAGGUUUUUUUUAUAUAAAAAGUGAUUGUUCUAAAAAUAACUUGUAUAAAUGAGUCGAUUAGAUUUAACGGCGGUAAUGGUUUUGUUAUCACAAAUAGAUUUUUUAAUUACUGUACUCACUGUUUUCUGCUAACGAUUUUUUUUUUAUUAAAAUUAAUUUAAAUUUUGAGGUGUCAGUGAUUAUGGUCGAAUUUCGAUCAGCAAUCUAACACUGAGUAACAAUGCUUGUUGAAUAAAGCAUAUAGUUUCAGUUGUGUGAAUAAUAUAGGCAUCCUAAUAUAAUAAUAAAAUUUUGGUUUAUAAAAAUCCCAAAAACCUGAUAAGAGAUUUAUUCCUUCCUAUUUCUCACGGUCUCGGUGAUAAUACGAAAAAAAAAAUUGUGUUGCCAGUGCUGCCACUGUUUUAACAAUCACAAUAUUUCAAUAGUGGAUUUGAAGUUCAAAGUUUUAACACAUUUAAAUCCGCCGUAUAUACCUACUUCGAAUAUAAUUUGAAAAUUACUUUUAAUUGAAUUCGAUUAACUUAUGUUUAUUGUCGUAAAACAAAAACACGAGGCCCCGCCUGCGUAACGCAUCGACUCAAAUGCGUUUUGUUGUCAAGAGUCCGAAUCAUUUUAAGAACAAGGCUUCAUUUAUGAAACGCCCGGAAAUGUGUGAAAUGUGUGCUUAGUGCGAGUUUUUUAACUUCUCGAUUGCGUUAAUGUUAACUUAAACUUUACGCGAUCGAGAAGUUAAAAAAUUCGCACUAAGCAAACUAAACUGAUUCUCGCUGGGUUCAAUGGACGCCGCUGUCGCGCUGCGACUUCCAUUUGACGUUCGUUUUUCAAAUAUCAGAAGCCUUAGUGUUGCAAUACGAAUUUAUUUACCUACAAUCGUAGAAUUAUAUUUUAGUAACAAACAACUUAAUAAUUUUUUGUUGAACCAGAAAAACAUUUUGUGUAUUAUAAUUUAACAUUAGUAAUUUCAAUUGACCUGUUAGUAAUAAUAUGUUUUAAGAUAUUAAACAUCAAAUAGAUUCCUCGAAUACCCAAAAAAAAUUGGGAAUUAUGAUGACGGCCAUCUUUUUUUUUUGUCAUAUUAAGAUGGAAUAACUUUUCAAAGUGCUUUACUAUCUAGUAGUUAUAUAAUGAGAAGAAUAUUUCUAAUGUUAUAAAUGAAAACAAAUUUUAGAAUUGUCUACGAGUGUUUUGCACGUGUUUAUUAUAUUUUGUUUUUGUAAUAUUUCAUUCACUGUUUCGAUCUCGUUGAUUCACGGGUCGGCGUUUAAGAUAGGUAACUUAAGGAAGACUUAUUAUUUACUUUAUAGACAACUUAGUUUACCGCCUGAUUGUUACUUAAAAUCACCGUCGGCCAUGACACUGCCGAGACUCCUAAAGAUGCUAUUAAAUGAAAUCAGAUAAUAUUAUAUGAACAUAUUCUCUGUUUUAUAAUUAUGUAUAGAUGAUUCGUUUCAAAAGGUAUUAAUUAAAAUCUUACCUCUUACCUGUUUCAAUGUAUUCCUUCGUUCCUGGAGGACAAUUUACGAGGUGAAUUCUUUAUAUUGUUGCGCCAACUUUAACACGUACUGUUUAGUUUGAUUUUGCCACUUAAUAAGACUUUAAGUAAUAUGAAAUUUAUCGAUUAACUAAUCUCGUAGAACUCACAAUAUUUUUAAAUCGUCUAAUCAAAGUGGAAUGAAAGUCCAGUUGUAGCAAACUAUAAUAUACUCGUGGACAUUGUAUAGUAUCGGCUGGUGACCCGUGAAUCAACAUGUCUUUUAUUUUGACUGUUUAUUAGUGAAACAGACUUAGCUAGCGAAAUCGCAUCCCACAGCAUCAUGUUUCAUUUUUUACAUACCAAAUAAUUCAUUAAGCGAACUACCCGACAAUUUCCAAUUACCAGUGUCCAUAUUUGUAAUCGUGUUUGAUUAUAAAAAUCAUCAAAAAUACAAGUCAGUGUGCUAAUAUUUGAACUAUUUAAAGUAUUGUUCGGUUGAGAAAUGAAAAUAAUUAAAUCUGUUUAGCGUUCUACUUGAUUAAACGAUCUUAUAAAUGUGCACUUUAUUUAUCUCCCUUCCAAAGAUAACGUCAGCACUGUUCUCUAUACAUAAUAUAGUUAUAGUAAAUGUGUAUCAUAGCAUAAUAUAUAUAUAUUAAAUAACGUAUGUAGUAUAAUUGGGAUAUGCGCUUUGUAUGUAUAAAUAAAUUAAAUUAAAGAAUUUAUUAACGUUUCGACUACUUAAUAAUUAUGAUUUCGAUACACACAUUUCAGUUUAAGAAAAAAAAGAGUUUUUUUUAUGUUUAUCGAAAUCAACCAUUAUGUCCGUAUUGUGUGAACACAGUAAGGUUUCCAAUUUAAUUAUUGACAUUAUCAUUGACAUUAUUAGUCAGUUUAUUGAAUGGUCGAAACGUAUUUUAAGUGUAUUCUAUGUAAGCACGCCCUGCGAGCCCUGCCCUGGGUUUUUAUUUACUCCAAUAAUUUCGUCAAUUAUCAAUGUUCGACAGGGUGCGACAAUUAUUUACAAAAUAACGUACAUAUCUAUAUGUUGUCCGUGUUUUUUUUUUUCGUUUUUAUAUCUCGAAUGCAUCCAUUUAUCUUUCCAAAAAACAUUUGACAUGAUAAAACCAACGGUAAUGUAAAUUGCUGUUUUUUUUAUUAAAAAAAAAAUAAGUGCAACCGAUAUACAUACUCGGCAUAAGACUAUCUGGCUCUCGUGAUAUUUAUUAAAGUAUAAAGCAAUUGAAGUCGAAUAGGGUAAACCACACAAUUAUUGGCACUGAAAUACAAUCCUUCACAUUGGAGACAAAAGAUUGGGUAGGCUUAAAAUUAUCAAACUGAACGCAUCAGUUAUGUUCACUUAUAUUGUAUAAACAUUACAACACUUAGAUUAAUAUUUCUUUAAAUAAUUAAUGUAAAACUGCAGACUUGAUGUCGAUUGUUUAAACGCAAAAAAAUAUAUUUCUAGCAGCGAUUUUUGCCAAAUAUAAAACCCAUAUUUCUCCACUGUCAGGAAUUAUCAGCUGUAAGCUGAGCAUAGUAAUUAGUAAUAGAAAGAAAUUAUCUUCUUCAUAGUAACAAGAGUCAUAAAAUAAUUUUCCAAUAAACAGAAGUAAAGUGCUAUUUAUUUUGAGGUAGAAAUACUCGCGGACCGACGUGCCCACGGAAUAGAUAAGUAAGGUAACCCUGUUUAUCUAUUCCGUGGACGUGCCAAUAACAGUGCGGUAUACCCUACUACCCUGAUAUUAAAUAUAUUCUCAUUAUUUGGACAAAAUAACCUUUACCACACCGAUAUUCCGAAGCUCGUCUAUAUAAGCGCUUAGUUGCGUAAAAUGCGUAUUGUAGAUAUACAUAUUAUUUAAAAGUGACUUGUUUUCAUUUUAAACACCAAUACAUAGCAUUAUUGUGUAAUUUUAUUAUAAGUUAAAUGAUCUCAGUAAAUAAGUUUUUUUUUUUAUAUCUUAAUUACAAUUAAAAAGGAUUUGUAGGUUGUCUUGCUUGUUAGUUUAUUCGAUGCGUCAUAAAGAAAAAAAACCCGAUCUUUCAAUGAUCGAAAAAAAAUCGAUUUUUCAAUGAACUUCGAAAUGCACGUACUGAAUCAUGUAGUGUUUUUGUGUGAUCAACGACACUGGUAGGGAGGGCGUAGUUAAGCAGAAAAUACCCAAACGACAAUGACGUAAGGAAUGACGAAUCUGACAAAGAGUAUUAGGAUAAAAUCAAAAAGUUUUUAUUCAAUAAGGCCUUUAUAGGCGUUUUAAAAUUAUCAUAACUGUGAUUUAAAAUGCAAUCCCAUUACGCUGAAGAAUCGCCAAGAAGUUCUGCGCUUGCAACACAGAAAAUUUUACUAAAUUUUAUCAAACAUAUAGUAGUCAUUCAUGGUAGUUUUUUUUUCUAGUAUUACAGCGUCUUGCAAAUCGGCGCAUGUACGUACCAUGAUCGACAUAUUUUGGCCACUAAGCUUUCAUUCAUUCAGUAGUGAUAAAAUAUAAAAAUAAAGAUCAAAAAAUUUUAAGUUUCAAUAAAUAAAGUUUUGUAUUGUCCGGGGUGAAUGAACCCGCGUACUAUUUGCCUAACUACGUCCAAUUGAAUGACUUAUUUCAUAAGUAUUUCUUUUAUCGAUUAUUUUCCGAUCUCAUUCAACUCAUUCAAACAUAAAUAGAAAAAAAUGUGUCGCUAAUAUAAAUAUCAGUCUUGUUCCACAUUCAAUCUCCAAUUGUUUCACAUCAAAAUUAUAGGUUAGUCGUACAUUUCAACAAACACAAAGAGGACGAUUUUUAGACUUUUUUUGAAAAUAAAAAAUUACAUCCAAUCGCUUUUGAUAAGAAACUGUUUUUAAUAUAAAAUGAUAACUCCAGUACCAAUUUAUUUGGUGUAUCAAUAUAAAUAUAUAAUACGUAGAUAUUUUUAGUUAGUGUUAAAAUGGCGUAAUUACCUUGAAAUUUAAAAUGUAAAACUAAAAACAAAACUCAUUAACACUUCCGAGAGUACAUUUGCGAUACAUUUUAUUUAGUCAGAGCUGUCGUAAAAACAAAGACAGAUUCUACGUUAUUAAUCCUAAGUUCUUUUUGUUUUAUUUGAUAACAUAGUCUUUAUUAAUGUGAUUGUAAAUGGUUACCAUGGUUACAUUAACAACUAGAGUUGGCGGGAAAAGUUGGAGUGUUGAAAUAGAUAGGCUUACAGUCACUCAAGAGUAAGCUUAUCGACGUUGCAAUACUCCAUAUUAUUUUAUACAUUUAAAUAAUAUUGUAUCUUCACAUUAUUAUGCAAUAUUUAACGGAACUCGUAACCAUAAAUUCGUACAUAAUCAAACAAAGAUCACAAUCUACUUAAUCUAUAAUUAUGUAAAAUCGAAAAUGUUUAUUAAUCAAACCAUAUUAAUAUAAUUUAUAUUUAUGUACUACAUUUGAAAUACGUAUAAAUGUAAUUUAUAUGGAUCAGCCAUAAUUAAUUUUAUAGUUGAUAGUAAUAUUUUGACAGUUCCGUUUUUAAUAUUUCAAGGUGACCGCCAUUUUGACGCUAACAUAUUUGUGACAUAUAGCUUUGUCUAGCAUUAGUUUUGUAUGUGAAACCUGUCCGAUGUACUAUAUGCCGUUAUUUGUACAAAAUUAUAUCAAUAAAAUUUAAUGAAAACCGA